AUGUUCCACCAUAUAUUUUCGGAAGCUGUUCAAUUCGGCUUUCGUGUAUUAUUUUAUUUCAUUCCUUUUUCUUUCUAUCCCCCACUCUUUCUUUCUUUCUUUCUUUCUGUUAUUGAUUCUUUCUUUCUUUCACCCCCGCCUUCUGUCUUUCUUUUUUUCUUUCUUGCCAUCCCCGCUAUUCUUUCUUUCUUUCUUUCCACACUAUUAUUUCUCUUUUUCUUUCAUUUUUGCUUGUUUCUUUCUUUCACCACACUUCUUUAUAUUCCUAAUCUUCUUUCUUUCUUUCUUUCUUUCUUUCUUUCUUUCUUUCUUUCUCCACAUCUUCUCAUUUUCUAUCACUAUUCUUAUUUCCUACCGCUAGAUUUCUCGGUUUGUCUUUCUUCCUUCUUUAUUCUCUUCUUUCUUUCUUUCUUUCUUUAUUCUCUUUUUCUUUCUUUCUUUAUUCUCUUUUUUCUUUCUUUCUUUAGUCUCAUUUUUCUUUCUUUCUUUAUUCUCUUUAUUCUUUCUUUCUUUCUUUAUUCUCUUUAUUCUUUCUUUCUUUCUUUAUUCGCUUUAUUCUUUCUUUCUUUCUUUAUUCUCUUUUUUCUUUCUUUCUUUCUUUAUUCUCUUUUUUCUUUCCUUCUUUAUUCUCUUUUUUCUUUCUUUCUUUCUUUAUUCUCUUUUUUCUUUCUUUCUUUCUUUAUUCUCUUUUUUCUUUCUUUCUUUCUUUAUUCUCUUCUUUCUUUCUUUCUUUCUUUAUUCUCUUUUUUCUUUCUUUCUUUCUUUAUUCUCUUUUUUCUUUCUUUCUUUCUUUAUUCUUUUUUCUUUUUUCUUUUCUUUCUUCUUUCUUUCUUUUUUCUUUCUUUAUUCUUUCUUUUUUCUUUCUUUCUUUUAUUCUCUUCUUUUUUCUUUCUUUCUUUCUUUCUUUCUUUUCUCUUUCUUUAUUCUCUUCUUUCUUUCUUUCUUUCUUUAUUCUCUUCUUUCUUUCUUUCUUUCUUUAUUCUCUUCUUUCUUUCUUUCUUUCUUUAUUCUCUUCUUUCUUUCUUUCUUUCUUUAUUCUCUUCUUUCUUUCUUUCUUUCUUUAUUCCUUUUUUCUUUCUUUCUUUCUUUAUUCCUUUUCUUUCUUUCUUUCUUUUUUAUUCCCUUCUUUCUUUCUUUUCUUUCUUUUAUUCCUUCUUUCUUUCUUUCUUUAUUCCCUUUUUUUUUCCUUCUUUCUUUCUUUCUUUCUUUAUUUCUUUCUUUCUUUUUCUUUCUUUCUUUAUUCCUUCUUUUUCUUUAUUCCUUCUUUCUUUCUUUCUUUAUUCCCUUCUUUCUUUCUUUCUUUUAUUCCCUUCUUUCUUUCUUUCUUUAUUCCUUCUUUCUUUCUUUUUUCUUUCUUUAUUCCUUCUUUCCUUUUUCUUUCUUUCUUUUAUUCCUUCUUUCUUUCUUUCUUUUUCUUUUCUUUUCUUUUAUUCCCUUCUUUCUUUCUUUCUUUAUUCCCUUCUUUCUUUCUUUCUUUAUUUUUCUUUCCUUCUUUCUUUCUUUCUUUAUUCCCUUCUUUCUUUCUUUCUUUAUUCCCUUCUUUCUUUCUUUCUUUAUUCCCUUCUUUCUUUCUUUCUUUAUUCCCUUCUUUCUUUCUUUCUUUAUUCCCUUCUUUCUUUCUUUAUUUUAUUCUUCUUUUUUCUUUUAUUCCCUUUUUUUCUUUCUUUCUUUUUCCCUUCUUCUUUCUUUCUUUCUUUAUUCCUUCUUUUUUUUUUCUUUCUUUAUUCUUUUUUCUUUUCUUUCUUUAUUCCUUCUUUCUUUCUUUCUUUCUUUAUUCCUUCUUUCUUUUUUAUCUUUCUUUAUUCCCUUCUUUCUUUCUUUUUCUUUCUUUAUUCCCUUCUUUCUUUCUUUUCUUUAUUCCCUUCUUUCUUUCUUUCUUUCUUUAUUCCCUUCUUUCUUUCUUUUUCUUUAUUCCCUUCUUUCUUUCUUUCUUUCUUUAUUCCCUUCUUUCUUUCUUUCUUUCUUUAUUCCCUUCUUUCUUUCUUUCUUUCUUUAUUCCCUUCUUUUCUUUAUUUCUUUCUUUAUUCCUUUUUUUUUUCUUUCUUUUUUUCCUUCUUUUUUUUCUUUCUUUCUUUAUUCCUUCUUUUUCUUUUCUUUCUUUCUUUAUUCCUUUUUCUUUUCUUUCUUUCUUUAUUCCCUUCUUUCUUUUCUUUCUUUCUUUAUUCCCUUCUUUCUUUUCUUUCUUUCUUUAUUCCCUUCUUUCUUUUCUUUCUUUCUUUAUUCCCUUCUUUCUUUUCUUUCUUUCUUUAUUCCCUUCUUUCUUUUCUUUCUUUCUUUAUUCCCUUCUUUCUUUUCUUUCUUUCUUUAUUCCCUUCUUUCUUUUCUUUCUUUCUUUUUCCUUCUUUUUUUCUUUCUUUCUUUCUUUAUUCCUUCUUUCUUUUCUUUUCUUUCUUUAUUCCUUCUUUCUUUUCUUUCUUUCUUUAUUCCCUUCUUUCUUUUCUUUCUUUCUUUAUUCCUUCUUUCUUUUCUUUCUUUCUUUAUUCCCUUCUUUCUUUUCUUUCUUUCUUUAUUCCCUUCUUUCUUUUCUUUUCUUAA